GCGCCUGUGUAAGCCCGCAUGAUCCUCGAGAUUGUCUGAUCUUCAGGACGGAUGCCGGCGAAUGAAGAUCAAAUGCGUCGGCAGGGAACAUCCCCCUUGUCAGCGAUGUAAAAGCGUGUAUCGUCUUUGGAGCAGGAUGUCCGUCAACUGCAGACUCAAGUCACCGAGAUACUUGGCAUGCUGAGACACCAGCACCCUUCAGCCUCUAUGAACAUUACCCGUGACAAUCAUGCAACUGCUGGUCAAUCCAUAAUUCAUACCUCAUCCUCCAUCUACCAGCAGCCAUAUACAUAUACACUAGGACCUUUGACGAACAACUCGGUCAGUGUUGUUGAAGACAGUGGCACGGAGGAUGUGGAAGCGAGUCAUUACAUGAGCAAGCUAUUCGACAACGAUAGAGAUUGCCUGGUCUCUGCACGAUUGCCGGAGGAUGCAGUCGCUUCUUCGACAAACCGCAAGCGAAGACGACAAUCCACCGAAACAUCGGCAGGACGUCGAGGAUUGGAUCCUGUCCAAGCGAAUAUCUGUUCAGAAGAGAUCGGGAAAUCGCUAUACCUAUCGUUUUUCGCCGGUUGUCAUGCCUCCAUGCCCAUCUACGAUCCCGAAUACGACACUUGGUCGAGCCUCGCAAAAGAUUCGCCUUUGUCUCUGGCAGUGAUUCUAUUUGUUGCUCAGCGGAUCAACGAUGCGAAAAGCGGACCUAGCGUCCUACAAGGUCGCCUAAGAGCUCAUGCAGAAUCAUUCAUCCGCGACUUAAUCUUCGAAUCCGAUCUCAAUUUGCGAACUAUCCAGGCAUUGGUCAUCUUCGCGUCUUGGAUUGAGAAUCCUUGGCGGGUCACCCGUGGGUCGUCGUAUACUCAAUGCAGCUUAUGAACACAGAGUUGGCUCUGAGUUUGGCGUGAGUCAUGCAGAGACCGAUGUAUCUGAUCCCGCAGGGUCGAAAAAGAGCUCUACAACACUCUAGGGCAGACUAUCACGGAGUCAGGUUCACCUAACCUGGACUGUCAUCGAUGGACCAUAAUUGGGGCGCGGGUCUGGCUGUGUGUGACCAAAAUGGUUCUCGAG